AUGGCGACCAUGACGGAGACGACGAUUCGCAAGCGACAUUUGCCCGCCAGCGAAAUAUCCAAACUGCCUCCGGAAAAUGAGCGCUAUCUUCGCGCCUGCGCGGAUAUCGCAAAUGCGCUCGUCGAGGACUUUGAGCAAUCUCAGCAACCCGAUGCGAAGAAGAAGGAUAUCAAUCUGAAUUCUCUUCGCUCCCAGGUGGCCAAGAAGCAUUAUUUGACGAGGCAGCCGCCACUCACGGACAUCAUUGCCGCUGUGCCGGAACAGCAUAAGAAGUACAUCCUUCCCAAGCUGAUUGCAAAACCGAUCAGAAGCGCCAGUGGCAUCGCCGUGGUGGCGGUGAUGUGCAAGCCCCAUCGAUGUCCGCACAUCGCCUACACCGGCAACAUCUGUGUCUACUGUCCCGGAGGCCCGGAUUCGGAUUUCGAGUACAGCACACAAUCCUACACCGGAUACGAGCCGACCAGUAUGCGCGCAAUCAGGGCGCGAUACGACCCCUUCGAGCAAGCACGAGGUCGUGUGGAUCAGAUUCGCAGUCUGGGACACAGCGUGGACAAAGUGGAGUACAUCAUCAUGGGAGGCACGUUUAUGAGUCUGAGUCCCAAGUAUCGCGAGGACUUUAUCAGCCAGUUGCAUAAUGCCCUUUCCGGCUAUCAAACGAACCACGUCGACGAGGCGGUAAUGGCUGGGGAGCAAAGCACCACUAAAUGCAUCGGCAUCACCAUCGAAACGAGGCCGGAUUAUUGCCUGCCGCCACAUCUCACCGACAUGCUUCGCUAUGGCUGCACCCGCUUAGAGAUUGGCGUGCAGAGCCUAUACGAGGAUGUUGCAAGGGAUACGAACCGAGGGCACACCGUUAAAGCCGUGUGUGAGACGUUCGCGAUGGCAAAGGACGCCGGCUUCAAAGUGGUGUCCCAUAUGAUGCCAGACCUACCCAACGUGGGCCUGGAGAGAGAUCUCUUUCAAUUCCAGGAGUACUUCGAGAACCCAGCCUUUCGAACCGACGGACUCAAAAUCUACCCCACGCUCGUCAUUCGAGGCACUGGCCUGUAUGAACUCUGGCGCACUGGGCGCUAUAAAAACUACACGCCAAACGUCCUCGUUGAUCUCGUCGCUCGCAUACUGGCCCUCAUUCCACCGUGGACCCGCAUCUAUCGAGUUCAGCGCGACAUUCCAAUGCCCCUCGUUACAAGCGGCGUCGAGAACGGGAAUCUGCGCGAGCUUGCCCUUGCCAGAAUGAAAGACUUUGGCACCACCUGCCGCGACGUUCGCACCCGCGAGGUCGGCAUCAACGAGGUGAAGAAUAAGAUCCGCCCCUCGCAAGUGGAGCUCGUGCGGCGAGACUACGCUGCGAACGGGGGAUGGGAGACAUUCCUCGCAUACGAAGAUCCCAAGCAGGACAUCCUGAUCGCACUCCUCCGCCUUCGAAAGUGUACGGAGAAGUAUACGUAUCGCGAAGAGCUUGUAGGCCAGCCCACGAGUCUUGUGAGAGAGCUGCAUGUGUACGGCAGCGCAGUGCCCAUCCACGAGCGCGUCAAGGGCAAAUCACAGCAUCAAGGUUUCGGGACGCUGCUGAUGGAGGAGGCCGAAAGGAUUGCUAGGAACGAGCAUGGUUCGAGCAAGAUUGCCGUGAUUUCCGGUGUUGGCGUGAGAGGGUACUACAAGCGGCUCGGGUACUGGCUGGACGGGCCGUACAUGAGUAAAUGGCUCAAUGACGGCGAUGAUGCGAGCAGCGAUGAAGACUGA